CCUUAACUCUUUAGUUAAAAGCCAAAAAAAAAAAAAGAGCCACAAGUCAAUCCCUCAAUGGACUAAAAUGCUACGCCAACAAUCUAUUAAAAUAAAAUGAAAAUUUUAACGGUAGUAUUUAAUUCGUACAAUUAUCUUAUUUAGAGCGGUUAAAUUGAGAAAAAGAAUUAGAGUGAUCAAAAUAAAAUAGAUCUUACUUUAGAGUGGCCAUAGGUGUAGUUUAUCUCUUUUUUUUUUUUUUGUUGAAAAAGCUCAAAUAAGAGCCUAACCUUUUAAGGGUUACUCACAUAAGAGUCAAAUCUCUCAAAAUGCUCAUAUAAGGGCCUAAGCUUUACAAAAAUGUUCAAAUGAAAGCCUAACCUUUCAAAGUGCUUAAAUAAGGACCAAAACGUUUUGAAAAUGCGCAAAUAAGAGUCAAAACAUUUUUGAAAGUGCUCAAAUAAGGAUUUAUCAAAUGUUGAAUAUUAAGUUUCAAAUUAUGUUUUUAUUAUUUUCUUUUAUUUUCAAGCAAUAUUUGAUUCAAUUGUCAUAUAUUUUAUUCUAAAUACGUUAACAUUCACCUAUUUUUACUCAUAUUGGAUUAAAGUAUGUGAAAAGACUUUAUUUAAAGAUUUUGAUAAAGGUUAGGCAGUUAUGUGAACAAUCUCUAAAAGAUUGGGCCUAAUUUGAGCAUUUCACCAUAAAAAGGAUGUAAGAUGGAAAGAGAGUGAGUUAGAGAAGAGCUUAUUGUGUUGAAAGCAAUUAAGGAAGUACAAGUGUCAUUUAUUCUUAUAUCAGCGUUUUAAAACCUUUUGUUUUAAUCAGAAACUAUGAUUUCUUGUCUUUUUAUUUUCAACUUGUGUUUUUUUUUUAUCAGUUUUCAUUUAUAAGCUAUGCUGAUUUCAGGGGCGAAGCCAGAAAAUUUUUUUAGGGGGGCCGGAUGAAAUUUUAAUUUUUUAUAGUUUAUAUUUUUAUAAUUUGUAAAGAAUUAAAUUGAAUUUUUAUAAUUUUAGGAGGGCCAAAGUGCAAUUUUACCUUUAUUAAUUUAAAAUUUUUAAAAAAUUGUAAGGGCCUAAAGUGAAAUUUUCUAUUUUAGGGGGGCUGGGGCCCAUGCCAGGCCCCUGGCUAUGCCACUGGCUGAUUUCUUAAAAUUUUAAAAAAAAAAUCCUAUUACUGUACAUGGGUUUUAAUUAAGCAUGUACAUCAACAUUGAUCUUCAUCUGUUAAUGUUUAAUUGGUUUCCUAGGUCUUUCCCAAUUUAGAACAACUUCAGUUACGACUUCUUAGUGAUGAAGACCAGUUUCCACCGAACUUGUUUCACCACGUUAAAGUUCUUAAAGUGAAUGGCGGCUUCUGUGGUGGAUUUCUUAUAUUUCCUUUCCUGAGAAAAAUCUGCAAUACGGAAAGUCUUGAUCUUGUGGGUUUUAAUUUCAGAGAUGGACUCCCUUGUAAGGGAGACGUUGGGACUCUGUCACGACUAAAAAAUUUGAGAUUGUUAGAGCUCAGAAAUCUGCAGCGUAUGUGGAGGAAAGAUUCAGAGCUUGACCAUAUUCUUUCUAAUCUCCAAACACUCACAAUUGAUUGGUGUGAUGAUUUGAUCAAUAUUGGAGCCUUCUCAUUAUCUUUUAAAAAUCUCACUACUUUAACGGUGUCAUGUUGCGACAUGAUGACAAACUUAGUUACACCCUUUGUAGUUGAGAGUCUGGUGCAAUUAACAACCAUGGAGGUACAUGGCUGCAUGAAAAUGACAGAAAUAGUGGCACAUGUGGGAGACUACCAUCAAACAAUAGUUGUUGGUAAAUUGAAAUGUUUAAAACUAAGUUAUCUAGAUAGCCUCACAAGCUUUUGUCCAGGGAGUUACACCUUCAACUUUCCUUGUUUGGAAGAAGUAGUUGUGGAAAGCUGUCCUAAAUUGAAGAUCUUUUCAGAAGGAGUUUUAAGCACCCCACAAUUACGAAGAGUAAAACAAAGGGUUAAUGAUAUAAAAGAAUGUUGGGGAGGUGUCCUGAAUACCACCAUACAACAGUUGUACAUAGAAGAGAAAGAGGCUUUGACCUUCUCUGACACGUUUCCAGAGUUAGAAAUAUGGCAAAGAAACCCUCGAGAAAUUUUGGAGUUGCAGAACAUUACGCGAAUGGAGUUUUAUAAAUGUAGUACCUUAAUGUACAUUUUUACCCCCUCUAUGCUUUUGAGCCUCAAGCAACUACAUUGGAUAGGAGUAAAAGAAUGCAGUAUAAUGGAACAAGUGAUUAGGGAAGACGAGGAGGAAGCAACAACACAUGAGUUGAAAUUUCCUCUGCUCUUCCGUGUAAAAAUGGAGUCGUGUUCCAACUUGACAAAUUUUUAUUUGGGAAGUCGAACUUUUGAAUUUCCAAAUUUGAGUGGUAUAACGAUAAUUAAUUGUCCAAAAAUGACUGCAUUAUCUUCUUCAAUUUCAAGAAAGAGUGAAAAAGUGAUUGGCGAGCAAGACGUGGAAGAUAAUACAGCCGCAUUAUUCUGCGACAAGGUUGCCAUUCCCAAUUUGACCAUUUUGGUUGUGGAAGGGUGCCACAAUUUGAAAUACCUGUUUCCCUCUUUCUUAGUAAAAGAUCUUGUACUACCCCGUUCCAUUAAAAUUAAGGACUGUAAUAUGAUGGAACAAGUCAUCUUCACGGAUGGAUUGGGUGCAGAAGAUCCAGCGAGGAAUCAUACGAUUUUCUCUAUACUACACAGGCUGUCGCUGGAAGACCUUCCCAAACUCACAAGUUUCUGCUUUCAAAAUUACGCUGAAUUCCCACACUUAGGAGAUUUAACACUAACAAAUUGUCCUCUGCUGAAAACAUUCAUCUCUAAAUCUGUAUCUGGAGAUGAACCUCAAAUUCACCAACCUACACAAACAAAUUACUCUGCUGUCCUCAAUCAAAAGGUUGUUUUCCCUCAUUUGGAGAACUUGUACAUUCAGAAUUGUGAUUCGUUAGAAGAAAUAAUUGAGCUGCAAGGACUCACUGCCAAUGAAUCACAGUCAACAUCAGCUACUCGGUCUACUAUGGCAGAAACAGUGACGACCAAGUUUGUAUUUCCCCAUGUAACGUACCUUGAACUGGAUAAGGUGCGGAGUUUGAAUAUGCAUACCACCCAAUGGCCAUCGUUGAAACGAAUGAAGGUUAUUGAAUGCCCCAAAGCACAGAUAUUUGGUGAGGUUGAAAUCCCAAACCAACAACCCUUGUUUUGCGUCAAUGAGGAAACUUUCCCUGUUUUACAAGAAUUAACACUGAAGACGAGUGAUAUGAUGAAGGGGAUAUGUGAUGGACAACUCUCAUUGCAGUGUUUCCCAAACCUCAAACUUCUUAACCUCCAAUUCUUUCCUGGGACAUCCACUACUCUUCCAUAUUCCUUCAUUAGCUCUCUACCAAACCUUCAGAAGCUUGUUAUAAGCAAUGCUUCCAUUUCUGAAAUAGUCCGGUCUGAAGGACUCAGCCACAAGGAAAGACAUACAUCAGCAUUCUCUCAGUUAAAGGAAUUAAGCUUGUCUGAACCUCCAGAGAUGACAUUAAAGACUUUUGAGCCAUCUUUGCUUUGUUUCAAAAAUCUAACAACUUUGGAAGUUUCAAAAUGCCAUGGAUUCAUCAAUCUAAUGGCAUGCUCGACAGCUAAGAGCCUGACGCUACUAGAAAGAUUGAGCAUAGCUGAUUGUGAGUUGAUAGAAGAAAUCACAUCAUGUGAAGGUGAAGACUUACAGGGCAGCAUUGUUUUCCCCAAGCUAAAGUAUUUGAAAUUAAGUCAUCUGCCAAGUCUAGCAAGCUUUUCAUUGGCGCAUCACUCGUUGGAGUUCCCAGUUUUGCAAAUGGUGAUAUUGACAGGGUGCCCCAAAAUGAAGAAUUUCUGUCAUGGAGAGUUAAGCACACCAAGGCUGGAGCAAAUGCACUUAACAAGAGAUGAGGAUGGUGAACUGCAGUGGGAAGGCGACCUUAACACUACCAUAAAACAUAUGUUCGAUGAAAUGAAUGUGCAAAAUUCUCAAGUGGUCGAGGUUACUGAUCAGUUGCACCAAAUGGAAAAAGGAAAUGUCUUGGGGUGCUUGUGAGACAAGCUCAGUUUCAUUUCAAUUCAAACCAAAUGGUUGAGUUGCUCUAUUGGAGUAUGGGGGCUUCCACUUUCUUUUAUUCAGUUUUUGCAGAUCCACUAUUGAACUGUUGCAUUUCACAUUAUAACCUAAGUAUUGAUUUUGAAGUGCAUCAUGUUUGGCACUGGGAAUUACAAAUAUGAAAACUGCCAUAAAUAAUUGAGAGCUGCACACAGAAGUAAAACAAUUUAUAUUUUCAAUGUAUAAUCUUAUGAUCUUUUUUGAGUAAGAUAAAUAA